ACCCUAAUUUCUCUUCAGGGUUUUGCAGCCUACACCGCAGCUUCUAUAAUCUUCGCCGGGUUUUCUUCCAUCAGAAUGGGCAGAGUAACCAAGAAAACAAACACCAAAGUUAAUUCCGCUCCUGCAAAAGCUCCUCCAAGCAAGCCGAUGACGAGAGGCAAGAGAGAUGCUCAAGUUAAGCUUGAGAAGCCCGACGCAAAAAAGCAGAAGAAAGAUGUAGUAUUGGAGCAAGCUGAGGAGAAGAAGGUUGAGGAAAAGACUCAGAAUAAUAUGGACAUCUGUUCUGCUGAAGAAUCUCCUGGGUCUGAAGAGCAAUUGAAGGAACCUGCUGAUAAAAUUGUACCUGAUCAGAAAGAAUCUCAGCUUGCAAAUAAGGAGCAACAGUCAAACAGUUCAGAAGAAGGCUCUGGUUCUGAAGAUGGUAGUAAAGAUGAAGACAAUGAUGAAGAAAUACCCGAUGCAGAUGGUGAGGCAAAAGUGGCACCUUCCAUCUCAGCUAAAAAUGAGGUAGCAAAUGAUGAAAAAAGUGAAUCUAUUUCUGAAGAGGGCAGUCCGGAGGAAGAUGAAAUAGUUGAGAAGGCUGCUCCUUCUCAGGCACCCGUGACUACCGAACAAGCCAAAAACGGCCCCGAGGAAAGCAGCUCUGAGGAAGAAAGCUCUGAGGAAGAUGUAGAAGCUAGUUCUGAUGAAGAUGUUGCUGCAAAAGCUGCUCCAAAAAGCACAACCUCUGCAGAUGAAAAUAAAAUGGGAACUGAUGAUGAUAGUGAAGAUGAUGAUUCUGGAAGUGAAGAUGAUGGGUCUGGAAGUGAAGAUGAGGAGCCAAAGAGUACAUAUAUCAAGCCUCAGACCCCAGCCACACCUAAGGCUGGUGCACAAGGAUCAAAGACUGUCUUUAUUGGGAAUCUGUCAUGGUCGAUUGGGGAGGAUGAUAUUAAAACUUUCUUCAAGGACAUUGGAGAGGUUAAGGAAGUUCGUUUAAGUAAACUACCUAAUGGGAAGCUCAAGGGCUUUGGGCAUGUUGACUUUACCACUUCUGAGGCUGCUGUCAAGGCUCUUAAACUUGCGGGUAAAGAUUUGUGACGAAGCUAAAUAUAGCGGUAAGUCAACAAAUAACCGAGUUAGACUCCGGUCGUUCUCUCCAGGAGUGACGAAGGGAAUAGUUAGUUUUAUUAUUUAUCACAGGUAAAUUUAUAGUCUAAGAAACGUGAAAUAAUAAGAAAUAAAGCGUCUAAAAUAAAUGAUAAAAUAACUUGAGGAGUUAAGAUCGGAACGCGGACAUAACACACAAUCAAUAAUUUAGAAACAGGUACGAAUCGAACAGGUAUAUGGGCUAAGAUAAUAAUUUUGGAUUAAAUUAACUCCUUAAUU